GAAACGCACGACUUUGGUCGAUGAGAACUAGCCUCAAACAGGGUCUUAUCAACCAACCUUCUUGGAGGCUAGUUUAUAUAUAAAUGUUAUUGAAAAGCAUUGAAAAGUGCAUUAGAAACUGAAAAUGUAUAUUCAAAAUUUGAAAUUUGAGCUAUAUCAAUUUUUUUGUCCCAAAAUAGAAAAUAUAUUUUUGAAGAUAUUAUCAAAAAGGCUGUAAUGCUUAUGUUCUCAAUAUUUAGACACCCUUUCCAAUUCCGGUUCUUCUACCGCCAUUUUGCAGUACGUGGUCUCUACUGGAACAGCGCUGACCAUUUUCUGAUUGAGAAAUUGGUUAUUCUCGACCAGUAGCUAGGUUGAUUGCUUUUUUUAAAUAGCUGAUAAAAAUGAGUAAUUUCAAGGAUGUUGAAAAGCCAGUGGGUGAAGCACCCCAGGCCCACAGAAUCCGAAUCACCCUUACAUCCAAGAACAUCAAGAGCUUGGAGAAAGUGUGCUCCGAUCUGAUUGAGAGCGUGAAGAAGCAGAAGCUGCGUGUGAAGGGACCAGUGCGCAUGCCCACCAAGAUUCUGCGCAUUACGACCCGUAAGACACCCUGUGGUGAGGGGUCCAAGACGUGGGAUCGCUUCCAGAUGCGCAUUCACAAGCGAGUCAUCGAUCUCCACUCACCCGCCGAAAUUGUUAAGCAGAUCACUUCUAUCAGUAUCGAGCCAGGUGUUGAGGUCGAGGUGACAAUCGCCGAUUCGUAAACUGUGUUCUCAUUAUUAUUUUUUUAUCGACACCUGAAAUUGUUCAAUAAAAAAAAUGGAAAACAUCUGAAAAA